AUGGUGUCCUUUGACCUGCCGAGGCCGGCUGAAGGCGAGUCCCAGGGCUCGCGCUGUUUUGAGGGAGGGUCCUGCCGACCGCCAGGGGCCAUCCUCGCGGGCGGGUCGCGGGGUCCCCGCUCGUUUGGCGAAGUGAAGCACGCCGGUCGCCAGGCCCAGAGCGCCAUCGCGGACGGAGGCCAGCCGCCCGGGCCCCCGAGCUCGGCUCACUUUCCUCGACGCCCCGGGACGGGGCAAGGGCACCGCUUUGGCCACAGAGACUCUAGUUUCAGCAGGUGCAGCCCGCCAGCGCUGGCUCGGACCCGGGCCUCCGCAGGGAGAGUAAGGCAGCAAAAUCUCAACUUCCACUCUGGAUCUCAGAUCGAGGACAGGAAGCGAAAGCAAAGGUGUGGUGACACAGAACAACGACCCACAAACCGUUGCCUCUCUUGGCUAAGUCGGCCUCGCUUUGCAGCCCCAGAAGCGCAAGGUGCGGUCGGCGCGGGGCGAGGACGCGGGGACUGGCCGCGCUAUCUCUCGGGUCCCCUCGCAUCCCGGCCAGUGCCCGCGGCUAGUCCCCUAACGCCCUCGCGAGGAAGGCUGCCCGGGGCCAAAGGCGACCCGGGCCGGAGGCCAGAGAGAGACGGCGCUGCGGGCCUCGGCGCUGGAGGCAAGCGGAGGCUCGGACCCUGUUCCUGAAAACGCCGGACUCCUCCAGGAUGGCUGAAGUAUAAAGCAGCUCCAGGAAGGCUCGGCGAGCUUUCGGGGACAUCCAGCGUGGCUCACCCCUGCUGGUCUCUCUCCAGCCCUCGCCUUCCUCCCGUCUCCAGAUCCCCCGCCCUCCCGGGGUCCCGGGCCGCGCGGGCUGAGUCCGCCGAGCCGGGAGCAGCGCGGCUUUAGGCAGAGCGAAGGAGCCCCCUGCUGGCCAGGCCCGGCAGGCGCGGCGACCUGCUCCCAGGUCCCUCCGCCCCGCGGGGAGGCGGCCCUCCCUUGGCCCGACUCGACCUUCCCGCGCCCCCGGCGCUGGGGGCGUGUUGAAAGAAACAGAAAACAAACCAAACCAAAACAAACAAAGCGCCACAAUCCUCUCUCACCUCGUCUACCGCUCAAAGCUCCUCUAUCCAUUCCACUUAACCACACUGUCCGAACAGAGAUGCUUGGUUUUUCUCGAAAUGCUGAACAGUCACUCAUUAACCAUUCAGAGCCCAUCUUGCUCAGCGAGGAAGCUUUCUUUCAUCUUAAUUGCCAGCUGAAGAAGCAAUAGCAUCUCCCCCCUCCAUGAUCACUGAAAAAAGUAGCAAAUCGUCAAUAAAGGAAAACACGAGACCUGAGAUCUUUUGGGUCUGCUUUAAGAUCCUAGCGAACGUGUGGAACAAUGAUGUUGGAGCUCCCACGUGAUGUGACUAAUGUUAUCUUUCUGGAGGAGUGAAAAGUUCUUUGUGAACCACAUGGCUUUUGGAGCCUAUCCUCUGUAGAAAGAAAGAAAGACAGAUGAAAGGAAGGGAGGAAGGAAAUAAAGAAGGAAGGAAUGAAGGAAGGAGAAAAGGAAGAUAGGGAGAAAGGAAAAAAAAAUCUCAUCUGAGGUGGAGGUUAAGUGACAAGAGAAACUUUUCGCCUUGAGGUUUAUUGUCUCUGCACUAGGUAUAUAGUAAUAUGGUUUUUCUAUCUUUAAAUCCAUACUUAGCUAGGCAUUAAACUCUAGGAAUAAUCUGUUUAUAGAAAAUAAAGCCAUUUUUAUUUGAAAACAAAUGGAAAAAAUAAUUAUUUUUCCCCAAAUGUGUACCCUUUUAAUUGAUCAAAUGCAUCCAAGAAAUUCUGCCGGCAAUUUGAACACUCUGUAGGUGUUGUUGCUGCUCUAAAUUUGUCUGCAAGAGGAAUUGUAAAUGGUAUUUACCUUUUAAUUAAACAAAGCAUCUUGCAAAUUAAACACAUGCUCUUGCACAUCAAAAUUUGGUUAACAUCCUUUUCAUUGUUCAUCCUGCUGACACUCUGACAGCAUCAUGAGUCCACACACAAUAUAGAAUCACGCUGCUCCCCCCUCCUCUGCACUUUGCAUUCUUCAGAGUAGAUGAUAUCACGUGAGAGAGUACACUCUGUAACUGACUUCUAAUAACUGAACAGCUUUUCCCAUUUAAUGUACUUAAUAUUGUGUAAAAUAUGGGACUGCCUCGGUGUGUCCAGAACCUGGAAAGCUUUGGACACUGAUCUGACAUAUGUCUUAUAAUCUUACAGUGGAAAUUUGACAGUGAAUGACAGAACACCUUAGAGGAAUAUAAGAAGCUGAUAAAGGCAGAAGCACUGCACAUGAAUGCAGAGUCUGGUUUCUAAUAGCUACAUGCUUUUUUACAUGCAUACCAGUAAUUUGACAUUUAUAAUUCACUGUGGAGCCGAAUUUCUGUCAUUUUCUUACUGUCAAGUCCUCCACAUUUUGAAAUAAAUGUCCCUUCUAAUUAUUAUAUGAAUUUGAACUUCAACAUUCAAUUUUUUCCCCUGUCCCUUAUAAUGGAGUACUACAUUUGGCUGAAGUCUGAUUUGCAAGACCAUUUAGGAAAUGUGAUCAUUUCACAUGUAUUCCCACAAACUAUGCAUAGGAACCCCUUUCUUGACUGUACUCUGCCUUCCUUGUGAAAGUACGAUUUAAAACUCAUCCAUCAGUACUGUAUCCAAGAAAAUAAGGUUAUUAAUGGCAGAAUGAAACUGAGAUAAUUAGGUUAUAGUCUUCAUGGAACAAAAGUCAGAGAGAGGUUUUUCAAUAAAGCAAAAUUGUAGUUAACGACUGUCA